CCGAGGACCUCCGAAGUUGGCUGACUGAUCAACCAAAUCACUCACUCACAGAAGCACUCGCUUACUCACGCACUCUCUCACUCCGACACUCACGCAGUCAUGGUGGACACAGUGCGCGCGCACAUUCACACACACACAGCCUGCUUAUAUACACGCAGUAAUAACUGUGCGGCUGAAAGUUUCUUUUUAACCUGAAGAUGAAAACCCUGUGACCAGUCCACAGGUCCAGGCCAGCCCAGGGAGAUAUAGUUAUCUGUUUCCCCGAUUAGCCAGCAACUUGAAUAUUUGCGACUGGCAGAUGCCGAUCACAACUUCCAACAGUUAGUGCUACUUGGUGGAAAUACACUUGUUUGACCAGCCAUGAAUCCUCAGAAAAAAUAAAAGCUGAUGAGUGUAGCAAGUCCGAAGUUGACAAAUAUGCUCUGACUUUUCUUAUCCACGAACGUUAUAGCUUCGUUGCGAAGAAAGUUUCCUGAACUAGAUAAUGUAAUUUCUCAUAAAAAGGUUAAUGAUAGUCCUCGUGCUUUUUAUUCAGGAUGGUGAUUGCUGUUGGCACGAAGGACCUCUGAUAGGCAGAGAGAGAAAAAAGUGUGACCGAGAUCAAAUACGAACCCACGGACAGCGAUCCUGAUUACUGCCUUCAGUUGUGAAAACACUUGGCACUGAACACGUGGCACAUAUCGAUAAGGGGAUGUAGUCUACCCCAAUCCACCCACCCCACCACUCCAAAACACACACACACACAGAUUUUUCCGCUGUCCCAUCACCGACACUCGCCACUUGCUGACUGCACACUGCAGUGGGGUUGUCUGACAUCGACUGGCCGUGCUCAUCUCCCGGGUACAGUCACACCCGAUUAAACAAGAAAGCGCGACAUAUAUAGAGCCCAGCAUGCGCCAUGAUUCAUGGACGGCGGGAGAGUUCGUGUGGAGUCGAUCACUCACUCCCCAUCUCUUUCUGGGCAAAGAUGGCGUCGGCCUGCAGAAUCCGUCGCCGCUGCCUCACGAGCGCCAGGUCCCUCGCUCGCACGACGGUCAUCAUGAUCCUAUCCAUCAUGCUGUUCUCGCUCGUGUUCUACUGUCUACUUCGUGAUAAAUCAGCAGAUGACGCGAUGUUGGUGAAGAGUUUGCAAGAGAUUGGGCCGUGGCCAUUGGACGACAGAACACUUUUUAUCAACGACUCCAUCGCCAAGAAUGUUCGACGUCAAGCUCGCAUCUUCUGCUGGAUGACGUCACGACAGACGUCACUCCCCAAGCUUUUGGCCGUCAACAGCACGUGGGCUCAGCGCUGUGACGCGCACGUGUUCGUCAUGACGUCAGCGGGCCGCCCCCUUCCUCCAGGUAGCCUUGACCUUGGAGUACCCGACGGCAGAAAUAACCUAGUCGCUAAGACGAAGCGGAUGAUGACGUGGAUAUACAAGAAUGUCGUGGACAAAUACGAUUGGUUCUUGAAGGCUGAUGAUGACACAUACGUUGUGAUGGAGAACCUUCGAUUCUUGUUAAUGCACUUUGACCCCAAGGCAACUGUUUACAUUGGCCAUCCCUUCAAGUACGGGCCUGGCUACAACAGCGGUGGUGCAGGUUAUGUGCUCAGCAAAUCCGCCAUCAAACGGCUUGUCUUAGAGGGCUUCCAAGGACAGAAAGUGUGUAAUUCCAGCCUGACAGACGAAGACAUGUUCGUUGGUCAGUGUAUGCGUGCUCUGAAUGUGUCCAUGUAUGAAUCACGUGACCGCUUCCGUCGCGACACCUUCCUGCCCAUGAGUCCACAAAAGAGCUUCAUGGGACCACGGAUUACCGAUAUCACUGAAUACGAGUGGGUCCGGAUCCCUUUGGGGCCGGCAUGCUGCAGUCAACUGCUCAUCUCCAUGCACUACGUUACCCCUGAGAUGAUGUACCUCCUGGAGUUCGCGCUUUACCGCAUGGCGGUGUACGGCCGAAUCUCUCCACCAGAACUAUUUCGCCGCUUUUUCACCAACGAUACUCUAGACACACGACGGCCCUACAUCAACAGACACCAGCAAGGUCCAAACCAAGUGCAGAACCAAGCUCAAAACUCUUGACAGUCUGAUGAGUGUAUUGUGCGAGUGGCGGGUGGGGAGGGUAUGAAGCAUGUGUGGAUGUUGUUUUCUAUGAUUAAACCCACCUGAGUCAAAAUCUGUUGGUGAUGGGGUUUUUUUUCCCCCCAUCCUAGAUUAGCUGGCCGUUUUUGGUGUUGCAAACCGUCCUGCAAGCUUCCAACUGUGAUUUUAAUUGAAACAUGCUGCGAUUUAAUCUGAGUAAAGCUUAUUCUAUUCAGUCAUUGAUAUUAAAUUAGCGAAAUUCUUGUGAAAC